AUGAUGGUUGCUGGCAGCGUUUGCAAAGACUGGAGCAGCAUGGGUAAAAGCCAGCAGUGGCUAGGUCAAUAUGCUAUCCUCUGUGCGAUCUUCAUUGCAUUGACAAGGCACCUUCAGUGCUCCCUCGUCAUCCACGAGUGCACCGCCAGGUUCGACUACAAGCUGCUCCAGGACUUGAUGCCAGACCACCAGGACUUCCACACUGUGCUGUCUCCUACAAAUUUUGGGUGUCCGGUAAGCCGCACACGUUCCUACGACGUGCUGCUUCUGAAAGGGAAGCUCAAGCUUCCCAAGGGCCUGCGUGAGCUCCACAAGCUUUGUGUUCCUUGCACUCUUGACGCUGGUGUGUGGCUUGAAGCCCCGGAUGACAUGGUGACUGAUUACCAGAAGUACCUUGCCAACAUUGCUAUGCGAGGCUCUUCAAGCCCAUGGGUUGACAUUUUGCCACCUACAGCUCAAGCCAACCUAUCUAUUGUGCGCGCUAUGCCGAAGGUUGUGGAAGCUUUGAAAUACCAUGAGGUUGCCACCAACCUAGACCAAUGCCCGGACCAUCAGGAGCACAUUGGUACAACAAUGCCGACGAUUCUGGCCAGCAUCAGCCACAUGUAUGCCGUCAAGGCUGACAGGCCUUUUAUUCCGCAGGCAAGCUUGGGGUUGUUCUGUGUGGUUGAACGGAUGGCAGAGUUGAAAGAGUGGAGACGAAUUGUAGAGUACCUGUUAUUUGCUUCUCCGAAGGAUUUUGGAAGAUAUGGCCAUGGCAUGGCCGGUUUCGUGUUCGUGCGAGGAGCUUCUUCUGGCGCAGUCCAUCCCGCUGUUCGGUUUCCACACUGUGGCUGGCUUCACCAAACCCCCAAUCAACUUCUCUGA